UUUCUAGAAGGCUAAAACCUUGCCCUCGCUUUACCACAUUUAUAUAUUGUCUGGACGUGACAAUAUCCUUCCAACGAUGACAUCGGCGACCAACUAGAAAAAAAUUACCUAAGGGCGCCUUAUCUUUACCCACAAAUUGUUACAUCCUUCGCAGUACUAUUCGCUCCUUGAACAUAUUGUCCAUCACAAUGGGAACAACGUCUGUUCGCCGGAACCUUUUCCAGAACCAUCUUAGCAGCCGCCCAAUCUCGAACCCUGCACCGAAUACCCGGACAUCAGGGCUUUCUUCUCAAGUAUUGCAGUCCAAUGUGCCCGAGUCAAACUCGUCCAACUCUGUCGGUCUCAUGGAUGAUGGUGAAAUUGUUGUGAAAGACAAAAAUGGCAGCUUUUCGCUGGAUAUACCCGUCUUGCCACCCAUUGUGGGUGAAGAUGAGGACGAGAUGGAAGGCAUUGAAACUGAAGGCACUGGCGGAGAAUCUACGGCUGCUACCGGAGCUGAAGCCACGGGACAGGGCGGAAUGAGCGGACGACAGAAAGAGAGAACCGGAACAGACAAACGAGUAGUGAACCACAAGAAAUUCUGA